AUGGACUCUCAGCCCCAGAAAACCCACCUACAAGGACUUUGCCUACGACGAUUUUGUUGCCUCUGGGACAUUGGAGUAACCAACGACUGGGAAGGGCCAGAAUACCUGGAAGGCUGGCUUCACUCCACAGGGGCUGCACAAAACCCCGAGUGGGACCACACUGGGCCUCAGAGGUGUGGGGCGGGGGGGUCACCAAGGACAUGAGACUUCUGAAAAUCAAUGACCCUCUGCAUUCCCUAGGCACUGCACCGAGGCAUGUUGGCCCAACCCAUUUGUACCCAGAGCAAGAUCUUUGCUCCUGGGGCAAGGAGGAAAUAUCCGACUGUUGAGCAAGGUGGCCAGAGAAGCUCCUUACCCCAACUGCUGGAUCUGUGCUCACACACCAAAUCACCAGAAGCAAGGCCUGCCCUUGGUAGCAGUGGCUGUGACCUUGGACCAAUACUCCACUGGGGACAUCACUUCCUGGAACCUGACAGCCCUGAACCUUACCCAUCAAUACCUGUACUUGACGGAACCCACAAAAGGACCCCUCUGCCACCUCUUCACAGGGGAGGGAACCCCUGUUGGAAAAAGCACCUGUGACAUCAACCUUGACAUCUUGAUCACAGGGCAAGUGACUGCCUCUAACAGCACUCAGUCUAGGACUUACCCAGACCUCACCAGCACAUUGAAGGAGGCCGUGGGCCACCCUGCCAAGUGGCAGCCAGAUUACCUCAACACCAUGCUUCUCCAAGCCUUUGCUUCCAGAAGGAUGGAAUCCUUCCUCAAUGGUUUGUUCUGGAUCUGUGGGCAUCGAGUGUAUACCUGGAUUAGCCCUCACAUGUCUGGAUCUUGCUUUGUGGGAUAUAUCAUCCCAGGACUAAGGAUUACCCCACAUCUCCCUGCAGGGCAACAGAGGAAUAAAAGAGAGCAAAAGACCCUGUUGGACCUGUCUGAUGUGGCUGCAAAUGGAGAAACUGUGGAAAGGGUGCUGUUUCCCGCCUAUGGAGCAGGGUCUAACCAUGUGGACAUUCUCAAACUCACGGACAUCCUGCUGAAAUUUAUGCAGGAAUGUGUGCCAAACCCGCAGGGGUUUGGGAAGGAGGCAGGAUUGCAGACGUGA